UGAAACUGCGCGAAGAACUCAUCACUACAUUAGCGGCCAAAGAGCGCAAUGAGGAGACAAUGAAGAGUGAGAUAAUGUUCCUCAAGGAUCAGAUGAUUGGCGAACAACAGUCUAAAGAGACCAUCGAAGAGAAUCUGACGCAAGACAACGAUAUGUUGCGGUCGACUGUGGACUCAUUGCAGACAGAGUUCAAUGACAUUAAACGCCGAUACGAAGAACAGGAACAACAACUGUUCCAGUGUUCCGAUCGGUUGAGUCGACUCACGGAUAAGACACACACAAAGAUCUCCGAAUUAGAGAUUCAGAACAAUGAUCUCAGCUCUUCAAAGACGAAGUUAGAAUCGGAUAAUUCUGACCUCAGGAAUCAGGUGCAGAGUCUUCAGGUGGAGCUCGACAAUAGCGAAGCCGUUCAAAAGGAUUUUGUUAAGUUAUCGCAGUCUUUACAAAUCCAAUUGGAAAAGAUUAGACAAUCGGAUAGUGAGGUCCGUUGGCAACACGAAGACGAUAUCGUUGAAUGCAAUUCCUGUAAAAAGGCUUUUCACUCCAAAAAAGAG